AUGGUCGUCUACUCGUUCUACAUCUUCGAUCGCCACGCCGAAUGCAUCUACAAACGCCGGUGGCUACCGCGCCCAACCUCCACCGUGGGGAAAUCCCGGUCUGACACUACCUCCGGACAAGCACCGACCGGCCUCGGCCAAACAGUACGAUCAACAGACGAUGACUCGAAGCUGGUAUUCGGAACGGUCUUUUCACUGCGGAAUAUGGUGCGCAAGCUAGGCGGAGACGAUGACAAUUUUGUGUCGUUCACCACUAGCCAGUACAAGCUGCACUACUACGAGACGCCGACGAAUACCAAGUUCGUCAUGCUGACUGACCUGAAGAGUCCCAGUAUGCGCAUCGCACUGCAGCAGAUUUAUAUCAAUCUCUUUGUGGAAUAUGUGGUCAAGAACCCCCUCUCUCCGACCGAGCAUCCUGGCGGUGUAGGUGUCAACAAUGAGCUUUUCGAGGAAUCAUUGGAGCAGUUCGUGCACCGGCAUGGACACACACCCGGGAUCCUUCCAGGCUACAAAGAUGGCAUAUCUGCAAUUAAGGGCACACCGCAACGGUCUCGCCAUCUUUCACAGACACCUGUCGAGCACCACAUACAAUCUGGUGAUCAAAGCCAAGUGCAACAGGGUAGCAUCCAUACCGCCUUUUCAGAUGGCUGGCAACACUCAAUGAGACGAGCUCUCUCCCCACGUGGGAAAAUCGGCGCCACUGUCGGGUCCACCAGGGCACCGGGGACCGGCCCGCAAUAG